UCUGCAGUGGCUCAUUCUUUCCUGCGCCGGCUACAGACACACGCCGCCCCCCUCCACCCCUCCUCUGGCCACUCAUCCCAGCAUGCGGCACCUAUUCAGGGGUAAGACCGACAGUCUCUUCCCCAGACUGAAAGUGGAGCUCUGCGCUGCAGCUGCUGCUGAAUGAAUGCAGCAUUUCCUGCGUCUACAACCACGCGGAGUGAGACAGAGUAUCAGCGAGACACUGCCGGCAACUGAGAGCCACUAAUCUGAAGACCAAGCAACGGAUCAGGUGCUGCCUCCGUAUUUCUUGUUCUCUCUCUCCCUCCCUUACUGGGACAUACUGCAAAGGAGGAUCGAGGAAGGGGACGUACUCUGCAAGACUUCCCUAGCUGAAAGUCUUGUCUUUCUGUUCUGAUUCUGUGUCGGGUCCCGUGUGGCCCCUCAGACCUACGGUAUCCCACCCAAGACAUACAGCGGAGGACUCGACCAGGGGACAGACGGUCUGACAUGGAGUUGCAAGACAGAAGAUCAUUCUUGCACAGGUGUGCAAGGUCCGGCGAUGUAGUCCACGCCGGUCUGGUCGUCACACUUCUGAUUGGAGUAUGGUACGCUCAGGCAUUGGAGGUGAAUACAGGGAAGGUGCAUUUUGUAGAAGUGAUGAAUGGAAGUUCAGUGCUCUUACCCUGCACUUACACCAGCUGCAUCGGCAUUAAAAACCUUUACUUCAACUGGCAGUUCAAGGACAAUGGGACAUUGGUUAAGCUCUGUGAGGCCAUCAUCCCAGCAGAAGGAGUAGAACCUAAUGUGAAAAUCUAUCAUGAGCGGGUAGAGUUUGUUGGCUCCAGCAAACAGAACAACAUUUCCAUCUUACUGCAUAACGUCACCUUCGAGGACCAGGGAGAGUACAUCUGCUUCGCCCGCAACCCCAAGGAGAAGGAACGCAACCAUAGCGCAAUUUUUACUCUUUAUGUGGUGGACGAAUUGAAAGAGGUGGACAACACACUGACCAUCAUCAUUGUGUCCGUGCUCGGCGGGGUCAUAGGUCUGAUCAUUCUCAUUAUGGUGGUGAAAGCUGUAGUCCUCGCCGUUCUAAACAAGGUUCAGGAGAAGAAUAAAGAGUGCCUUGUGAGCUCUUCAGGGAAUGACAAUACAGAAAACGGCCUACCGGGAUCCAAAGCAGACAGCAAACCGACACCAAAGGCAUGAAAAGAGCAUGUGUGUGUACAUAUUUGCGCAUAUGUAUACAUGCAUACGUAAUCAUAACAGAAUGAAAGAAAGUCAUAACAAUGGACAGUUUUAUUCUCUUUAUCUCAUGAGAAAAAAUGCUACAUAUAAAUAUGUGGAAAUAUAUAUUUUAGAUUGUGCUUGAGGAAAAAUACAAAGUGCUGCAGGCUGGAUCAAAAACCCCAUUUCUGGACUGAAACGGCAUAAAAAAAAAAUUGCAAAGCAGAUGAUGGAAGAUGCUUUGGUGUGCUUGCAUUCUGUUCUUGUCUGUGAGACACAGCACACACACACUGCCUUCUUCACGAACUGCCAUAUUCUUUCAAUGCUUGACAGCACAAGACCCACAUAACAAUAUGUUUGCGAUAAACUUCCAGUGCAACUUUAUACAUCUUCACACUGCAUUCCAAAUGAUCCUGAGGUGGAAUCUCUCACAAGCUGACAAGUCAGUAACAAAACAAAAGACUAAACAAUUUACACAUAAAAACCACGGGUGCCUCUUCAAAUUGGAAUAUGUUUACCACCAAUUCAAGCAGCUAACCGAGUCUGAUUACUAACCACUCCCACUAAUUUUACAAGUGAUUUUGAGGUCAUAAAGAGCAGGAUGCGAGUGCACCCGAAGGCCAGAAACACACUCUACGUAAUAGCGCCCCUUGUGGCAAUGCUGAUAAUCCAACGCAUACUUCUAACACAUUUUGUGUGUGAAAAUAAGGUUGUGUAGAGUAUUUUUCAUGCCUAAAAGCGUUGUUUAAAAGGAAAAAAAACAAAUCAGAGAUGCAGAUAAGGGGUGUAUAUCCAGCUUCCAGCCCAGCACGAUUUAUUCUACUUAUUUCUUUUUCAGUUUUUAUUCUGCUUUAGAUAAAACACAGGUGCCUGUAAACGCUUCAAGCUCCACAUGCUUCCUGGGAGCCUUCAAAUGCUAUAUAAUUAAAUUAAUUAAACAACGCUCACAUGAAAAAAAAGCAAAAAAAGACGAAAAAAAAAUCCCUAGAAAAUAAACACAUUAAAAUAUAAAGACAAUCCCCAGAAACCAACUCCCUGUAGAAAAUGAAUGAUCUCCUGAUGCUGCUUUCGACAAAAAUAACCAAUAACUUUUCUUAAUGCAUGUGAACGAUUUUAUACAGUACAUCUAGUGUACUAUGUAUCCAUUUCUCCGAAUCGUGUUUUCCUGUCUUUUCGCACAUGACUGAUCGAUCUGUGCUUGUCGUAAACAAUGUCACCCUUGCUAUCUUGUACGUAUCUGAAAUACAGGCAUGAAGGGCCACUGUAGUUGACUGGUAAAGCUUAUCAUAACAUCCAAACUUCACAGGACACGAAACCGUCAUUGUUGCUAACUGCUUAUAUUGACAUUUGGCAUCCGAACUAGCAAGCUAGCAACUUAAGUGCGCUCAGCUGCACCAAUCCUCACAGAUGCUAUGCUAAUACUGUUCAUAUCAUCGUACAAAGACACAAGACUUCUGUGACAAAAUACAAAGAAUAGUAAUACCUCACAAUGCCUCUCAAGGGCAAAUUACAGCUCACAUGUAACUAGUGUUAGCAUAAACCUUCCAUAAAGAUCAGAUUAUCUUGAUGCUAAUUCAAGUAAACACACAAAUGGUAGAAAAUACUUGUAGGAUUGUUUGUUAGACGUUCUGGAGCUGCAAGGCGAACUCUGUUUAUCCAAAAAAGCCAACUUUUCCAAAUUUCCCAAUGGUUAUUUAAAAUUCAAGUGCCAAAACAGAACUGCUAGUGGAAAGGUGGAUGAUUUACUGUUGCUGCCAUCUUGUUCCGUUUGUCUUCCUUCUUUCCUUUUGUAUUGGAAACCUCAUAAAUGCAUAAUGCUUGUUCAUAUCCAUAUCUGGUUUACGUAUCGACGAAUUCAUAACAUGCGAUGAAUGUCACUUUGCGAUUACGCCGCAAAAAAAAUGCAAUGAAACCCUCACUAGUCUUCCGCCAUAACCCAAAGAUGAAUGUACGCAGUGGUUGUAGUUAUGGCAGAGUUCAGAGGGGUCGUUUCUGGGCACUUUAUUCAUAAAGAUAUACGUAAAAGUGCAUUGAAUGCUCAUUGUAUACUGUAUUUAGGCAAGAUUUGAAUAUGUAGUUGAAUAGCUUCAGUGCCAAUAUUAAGAAUAGAGGAACAGGAAUCAUUUGAAUGGCUAGAUCUCUUAUAUGUGCACAUAUUAGCAGUCUUCCAAAUCACUUGACUCUCUUUUUUAGAAAUCAGGGGCUUCGGCAAUCUCAACUGUUUGGGAUGCUUUUGACAGAGCGGUAUGAAAUCCUAGCUUGAAAUUCAAGUGUUUGUUAAAGUUUUCAGUUAAUUCCUUUAAACUGCGUCCAUACGUGUGUGUUAAAAUCAGCCGUGCUUUGGAGAAAGGGUUUGGUGCCGCUCUGUCUGUCAGAUGCACUGUACAGUAAUGUGGUCAGCGUUGAGUGUCCUAACUGUUGUCGAGCUGUUCACACGGCCUCUUUGGUUCAUUUACGGCGGAAUGUUUUAACAUGUUGCUUCUUACAGCUUGUUGCCUUUUGUCAUUUGCAGCUAGUGUGUUUAUGAUUAAACGAUCACAUAAACAAGGAGAUUACGUAGAUCAGCAAUACUGUAAAAAAAAAAAAAAGAAAGGAAAAUGUAAAAAAAAAAAAAAAAAAAAAAAAGUAUACAUGAGUGCCUAGGCUCUCGAAAAUGGACUGUUGUAUGCAAAUGGGCAACUUGAACUUUUAUUACAGCUUCUUUUUUUUUAUUUAGCUAUUUUUAGCUAUUAUGCUGUUAAGCUAAUUCCUGCUUUGCAUAUGUAUUUUUUUUCCUAAAUAUUUUGCUUUUUGAAUCAGAUGUUUAAUGAAAAUGAAAUAGUGUGGUGGUUCUCAACUGGUUUUGCUUAAAUUUCGUAAUAUUUCCAUGAAUUGGAAACUCGAAAUAUAGCAUUUAAAGGGAUAGUUCAUGCAAAAAAUAUAAAUUCUGUAAUUGAUUACUCACCCUCAUGUCGUUCCAAACUUGUAAGACCUUCGUUCAUCUUCAGAUCAAAAAUUAAGAUAUUUUUGAUUAAAUUUGAGAGCUUUUUGACCCUGCGUAGACAGCCACGCAACUAACACGUCCAAGGCCCCGAAAGGUAGUAAGGACAUGAUGAAUAAAGUCGUAAUUUUUGUUUUCUUUGCACAUAAAAAGUUUUCUCGUAACUUCUUAAAAUUACGGUUGUACCACUGAUGUCAAAUGGACUAUUUUAACCAUGUCCUUACCAGUGUUGUAAGUUACUUUUAAAAGUAAUGCAUUACAGUAUUGCGUUAUUGAUGCAUUGUUACUUUUGCAAUAUAUAUUGCUUAUUUGUUUUGUUUAGUUUUGUUUUUUAAUAAUAAAAAAAUCCCAAAAGUUAUAUUUUUGGCAACUGUAAAGGCCCUAAAAUUGAAACGAAUAAGCAGACUGAAGGAAGAGUCUCUGGAAGACUUAAGGUCCUUGAACACUGAGUCCAAAUUUUUGUACGUGUUUGUUUUUGAUUCGUCAAAAUUGGUCACACAUAGAACAUCAAGGUGUCAAAACACCUCUUAAAAUGCUUGCUACAGAUGCAAAAAAUUAGAAAAUUGAACCCGAUCUGAUUUUUUUUUUUUUUUUUAUGAUGGAAGAAAGUUUUAUGUAAACGUGAUUGAUACAGCAUGAGAUCUUAUUUUUUAACGUGAAAAUUUCGGACGAGAAUUUCAGACUAAAAUCCCUCCAGUUUCUCACAGCAUGAAACAGGAUCUCAGUGAAUAAAAGGGGAAACAAAGUAACUGCCGUUACUCAUUUGAAAAACUAACAUAUUUCCUUGUAUGAAAGUAAUGCAUUACUUUACUAGUUACUUGAAAAAGUAAUCUGAUUACAUAACUUGCAUUACCUGUAAUGCGUUUCUCCCAACACUGAUCCUUACUACCUUUCUGGGCCUUGAAUGUUGUAGUUGUGUUGCUUUUCUACGUCAGAAAGCAUUUGCAAUUCAUCAAAAAUAUCUUAAUUUGUGUUCAGAAGAUGAACAAAGGUCUUAUGGGUUUGGAACGACAUGAGGGUGAGCAAUUAACAGAAUUGUCAUUUUUGAGUGAACUAUUCUUUUAACUGACUAGCUUCUAGCAUAUAGAAAUGCUGACAUGCCAUAGCAUUCAUUGCAUGAUUAUAUGGCUAUUUUGAUAUAAUAAUGCAGUUAGCAGCAUUUUUCAUUCCGUCCAUGUUUUUUUUGUCAUGCAGCCAGUUGAGAACCACUGGUAUAGUGCGUAGCUGUAUAAAGACAUUGAUAUCUUGUUCUGAUUGCUUAUGUCUGCUGGAACUGUUGGCUCUGGGCUCAGUUAGUAAUGUCUGGGCAGACAAGCGGCUGCGCUGAAACCAGACUGCAUAGCUGCAGUGUUGCAGUGCAAAACCGCAUCCUAAGAGUGCAGCACUGAGCCAUGAAUCUGCACACGUCAGGCUGUGUUUCUCUCUGGACCUGAAGGGUUAUAGCAGGGAAAACUGAAGGGAUAUGUCUGAUUUCUAUCAUAAAAAAGCUAGAUCAUCUAAACAGGCCAACAUGUUACGUACUUAUUACAUUCUUUACACUGGAAGGCUGUAUAAAUUCAACCUACUUCGAUGCAUGUUACAUACUUACAACUACUAAUUUAAGGUAAAUAUCUACAGCUGCAUUUUCAGGCAGGCUGCUUGAUCUUGGUAGAAAGAAAAUAUGAGAUAUGACAUAAAAUGUGCUUUAUAUGCACAUUUUUUCCUCUCUCUCUCUUUUUUUUUUUUUUUUUUUUUUUUUUUUUUUUUUUUUUUUUUUUUUUUUUGCAGUGAGAAUUUGUACUUACACAGGAUGUCCGAAACCACUUGCACUCUUUUAAAAAUUCUUGUACUAUGUUCAUUUGAGAGUUCGGCUCUCUCUGAUCUGAUGAUCUGAUCCCAUUCAGGAACAGAUUGACCUUUUGUAAAGUAAUGGAUUUCAAAACAACUGGAUUUCACUGCCUGGGUGACUCACUCUCACUGCCAAGCCAAGAGAGUGUGAGGACUGCUAUGUGCUCCAACACAUUCCAAGACGCUCUGUCUCCCUCUAGUGGAUUUUAAGACUUCCAAGAUUUUUAAAUAAUCAAGGAUUCCAGUCACACUGGCUAUGUUUGAAAUGGCAAAUUAGUAUACUGGCUACUGCAUACGACACAGUAUAUGUUGAAUACUGUCUGCGUUUUUAAAAUAGUAUGCAGAACAGUAUGCAUUUAUGCGUCACUGUUGUAACAUGACGUAAUUACGGCUUACAUUUAAUUCAGUAAAUGGAAUCCAUUUUUUUUUCAUUUUUAUUAAUCUAAUUUUGUGUAAAAAUCCCACUGGUAAUGCAAAGUCAUGUAGGGUGCAUUGCAUUGUGGGAUACAGAUUCUACGCCAUGUGUACAGUGGUAUUUAAGUAUUACUUAUGUACUAUUAUAGUAUUUAAUACAAUUUUGAAUUAUUUUUAACAGCAUUUUACUUUCAGUUUUCAUCAGUGUUACCAGGUCUGCAGUUUACAGCAGAAUUGGGCUACUUUUACACUGUUGCCACAGGUAAAAGCGAUCUCAAAGUGACCUUUAACAAAGGGAAAAACACAUUUUGGCUAGUUUUGAUUCUGCAGAAUUUACAGCGGAAUUUGGCUACUUUUACACUGUUGCCGCAGGUUAAAGCAAUCUCAAAGCGACCUUUAACAAAGGGAAAAACACAUUUUGGCUAGUUUUGAUUGGGGUCAAAUAGGGUGGUUUUGUUUUGUAGACCUGGCAACCCUGUUAAUAUAUACUGGGUGCAUUGCAUUGUGGGAUACCACAUUCUACGCCAUGUGCGCUGCAGUAUACAUUGGUAUUUUAGUAUUACUUAUGUACAAUUCUUGUAUUUAGUACAAUUUUGAGUUAGCUUUUAUCCGCAUUUUACGUUCCGUUUUCAUCAGUGUUGCCAAGUCUGCAGUAAUACAGCGGAAUUUUAGUAUUACUUUGUACAAUUCUUGUAUUUAUUACAAUUUUGAAUCAGCUUUUAUCUGCAUUUUACGUUCAGUUUUCAUCAGUGUUGCCAAGUCUAUAUAUAUAUUAAAUAUAAAUUAUAUAUCAAUUAUAUAAAUUAAAGCUUUAUUUUAUUUCAAUUUAGGUAAUUUUUGUCUUUCAGCUUUAACUAGUUUCAGUUACAUUUCUAUUUUUUUUUUUUUUUGCUAAUAUUUACUCUUUAUUUUAUUUCAGCUUUAUUUCAAUUACCUAAAACAUUUUAAUAGUAAUAAAAAAGUUCAUUUUUAACAAUAUCAACACAUGCUAUAUAUCGAACAUGUAAGCAAAUGUAGUAGGAAUUCCAUAAAUGUUGAAAAUCACAAUAGUACUACUAGUAUGCUAGCAUGCUAAUCCAAACCUAGCCAUUGUACCUAUAUAAGGACAAAUGUAGAGUUUUAAAGUUUAUAUUUUACUGGCACAAAGCGUUCUUUGUGCACUACAUAGUCUAGACAAAUUUAAGAGAUUUUAUUCGUAUACGUACACCAAGACAACAGCCUAAAUAUACAACUAUCAAAGCUACUUAAUCACAAGCCCUGCUGUACCACCCAUCAGUCCACCCAGGAGAACGCUCCUUUCAUUUAAACUCCCUCUUCAGUACGUUUAUAAAGGAAAUAAUAGGCAAAAAGUUCUGAAUGGAAAGCAUUUGAAUACUUGUUUUGUGAUUAUUCGCUCUGACUGAGCACUUUAAAUGCUUACAGACACACUUCAUGUACUCUGUAAAAAAAAAAAAAAAAAAAAAAAAAAGAACAUUUAAAACAUGUAUGUACAGCUUUUGUCUCUGAACUUCCCUUUGUACCAACAUCUGUCAUAUUCCCUUAUCAUAACUAUGCACCUCAGUAGAUUUCUCUGGAUUGUAAAGAAUAAACUAAUAAACUAAUGAAUAUAUCACUAUCCGAAAUAAAGGUUUGCAAAAAACA